AUCCUGGCUGGGACAAGAAGAAUGCGAUGGAUGAAGACAGCUGGGGUUAUGGGGGCUUAAAUGGCAAAAAAGGAAAGUGACGGGAAAAGUGGCCCGCUUUUUGACACCUCACAUGCAUCGCAGGUGCAAUGUCACACCGACACCGCGACCGACGUCUGCUCUCCUUCCUCAGUGACUCAGUAGAGUACUUCCGUACUUUCUUUUCCUGCCGACUUUUUUUUUUUUUUUUUGUUUGGGUUGGAGGGUUUUGUUCCCUCCAUAGUCCAUACUCAACAAAUUGAAAUUGAAGAUCACAGAUCUGGAGAGACGGAUUACUGAAUCGAUUGAAUGCAUUAUUUUCUGUUAGAAGAAGAACAAUGGGGUUGAUGAGCAAUGUAGAUCUCUUCAAAUCCUCAACUCUCAUCAAACUCUCUGCUUUCGUCUUCGUCUCCGUAGUUUUCUUCUACUUAGGCAAGCAAUGGUCCCAAUCCUACGCCUAUCAACAAAUCCUCUUCUUUUCUUCCAACCAAAGCCCUAAACCUGUUUCCUCCUCCUCCGUUUCCUUGUCCCCUAAUUUCAAUAAAACCUUCAAUCUCUCUUCCCUCUUCAAUCACCCCGCUUCAACUCUAUCCCCACCCCAACAACAACAGCAGCAGAUUGUUGUCGCUUCUACUCCGCCACCCCCGCCUCCGGCGGUGAAGAGGAUGGGGGUGGUGGAUGAAAACGGCGUGAUGACGGAUGAUUUUGAGGUGGGUGAUUUUGAUCCGGAGGCGGUGGAGAAUUCGGGGCAGCAGGAGGAGGAGGCUACUUCAAAUGGGGGAGGCCAAACCGAAACGUUUAAGAUUAACAAGUUUCAAGUGUGUCCAGAGAGUAUGAGAGAGUAUAUUCCCUGUAUGGACAAUUUGGAGGCUAUCAAGAAGCUGAAUUCUACUACAAAGGGCGAAAGAUUCGAGCGCCAUUGUCCUGAAAAGGACCAGGGAUUGAGCUGCUUGGUUCCUGCCCCUAAAGGCUACAGAACUCCUAUUCCUUGGCCUAAAAGUCGCGACGAGGUCUGGUUCAGCAAUGUUCCUCAUGCCCGGCUGGUUGAGGAUAAAGGGGGUCAGAACUGGAUUACAGUAGACAAGGAUAAGUUCAAGUUUCCAGGAGGUGGCACACAAUUUAUCCAUGGGGCAGAUAAAUACAUAGAUCAGAUGGAGAAGAUGGUUCCUGAGAUUGCUUUUGGUCAAAAUACCCGGGUUGUUUUGGAUGUCGGUUGUGGUGUGGCAAGUUUUGGUGCAUAUUUAUUUUCAAAGAAUGUUCUUACCUUGUCUGUAGCCCCAAAAGAUGUUCACGAAAACCAGAUUCAGUUUGCACUUGAGAGGGGUGUGCCUGCAAUGGUGUCUGCAUUUGCAACACGGCGUUUAUUAUAUCCAAGUCAGGCCUUUGAUUUGAUACACUGUUCAAGGUGCAGAGUCAACUGGACACGAGAUGAUGGCAUUUUACUACUUGAGGUCAAUAGAUUGCUUCGGGCAGGAGGAUAUUUUGCUUGGGCAGCACAGCCUGUUUACAAGCACGAAGUAGUCCUAGAAGAACAAUGGGAAGAGAUGGAGAACCUAACUACAAAUCUUUGCUGGAACCUUGUGAAGAAGGAGGGAUAUAUUGCUGUAUGGCAGAAGCCCUUGAAUAACAGUUGCUAUUUAAACCGCAAGGAUGGCACCCAACCACCACUAUGUGACCAGGAUGAUGACCCAGACAAAGUUUGGUCCAUAUAUGAAGAGCCUUUGCAGAGCAGAUAUGGAGAUUUUGACAACUUAAUUGUGCAGGGAUAUCGAACUACAAUAACUCCACUUUGUGAUAAACUUAGGUAUGUUGAUAUGAAGCCAUGUAUUACUCGACUACCUGAGGAUGGAUAUGGUGCAAAUGUUAGCAAGUGGCCUGCACGUCUGCAGAACCCUCCUGAUAGGCUUCAGAGCAUUCAAUUCGAUGCUUAUAUUUCUAGGAAAGAGCUAUUCAAGGCUGAGUCGAAAUACUGGAAUGAGAUUAUAGAAAGUUAUGUCCGUGCUCUGAAAUGGAAGAAUUUCAAACUUAGAAAUGUGUUGGACAUGAGAGCUGGUUUUGGAGGAUUUGCAGCAGCAUUAAUCCAGAACCGAUUGGACUGCUGGGUUCUUAAUGUGGUACCUGUUAAUGGGCCCAACACACUGCCUGUUAUAUAUGACCGUGGACUUAUUGGAGUUAUGCAUGACUGGUGUGAGCCAUUUGACACAUAUCCAAGAACCUAUGAUUUGUUGCAUGCUGCUGGGCUCUUCUCCACUGAGCAAAAAAGAUGCAAUAUCACUACUAUCAUGCUUGAAAUGGAUCGAAUUCUAAGGCCUGGUGGACAUGUAUAUUUUCGUGAUUCGCUUGCUGUAAUGGAUGAACUCCAAGCUAUAGGCAAAGCCUUGGGUUGGCGAGUAUCUAUUCGAGACACAUCUGAGGGCCCUCAUGCAAGCUAUAGGAUCUUUAUAGGUGAUAAAAACCUCUUGCGGACUUGAAGCAGUGACAUAUGGAUUGAAUUUUUUCAGUCUGCUCGUGGCGAGAAUAUCUGAAGGCCAGGAAAUUGACUAUCAUCUGGGCAUAUGGUCAUAAUGACACAAGUCCCCUAUUGAGCCAAGAGGGCAAUAGCAUGACUCUGUUAUGCUCUACUGUGUCAGGGAAUAUCUUAUGGGCCUUGUAAUUAUUUUGUCGAGUGUACAGCAUAUAAUACAACAGUCUCACAGAACACGGUUGCAGGGCUGGGAUGAGGAUAUCUGCACAUCUAAAACUUGAUAUAGCACAAUUGUCGUGUUGGCUAGGAAAUGCUUAAGAAAUUCUUGUAUUCUUUAAUUUAAUGCCGUUUGAGCAAUUCAAGAAUGCACAUUGUACAAUUAAAUACACUGGAGGAAGUUUCUGCUGAUUUGGGACAACUAAUAAGCUUUGUUUUGCUAAAAUUCUAAACGUAGGUGGGGUCUUACAAA